AUGCAGAAUGCCGUAGAAGCGAAAAUGGAAAAGAUCCCUACAAAGAUGGUAUCCUUGAUUACGUCUCGGAAAUGGAGAAGAACAAUGCAAGGACCGAAGACACGAACCGCUCGCAAAGACAAUUUUGCUUUACGUCAAUCGUCCACCGAGCGGAGUAGCCACAUCCAGUCAUCGGACGUCCCAAAACAACACGCUCAGGCCGAGUCCCUCCCAGAGGAGGAAAGAAUCAAACGGCAACUAAGAGAAACAGAGCGAGAAUUAGCCACAGUUGAGAGGGAGCUCGUUGGAGUCAGAAACGCGAUAGGCGGAAUGGGAGCCGAACGACGAAAAGAAAGAGCGCGACUCGAGCAGGAAAGAAGACAGUUGCAUGGCCGAUUGGAAGAGGAACGUGGACAGAAGCACAGCAAUCCGGAAAACGAGACAAGGCAAAAGGACAACAAUCGAGGAGUCAAACGUAGCAGGACAAAGGAACAUCAGAUGGAAGGCAAAGACGACAGAAAUCGACCGCGUAGCAGGGAUCAGACGGAGGAAGAUGGUGCACAACGUGAUCGGAAAAGACACGCACGAGAUCGCAGCAAACGAAGAGAGAGGCGUACGGAGAACAGUCGAGACGAUGAGUCACGCGAGAGCAAAAGGCGACGCGACCGAGAAGCUGACAAGAGGCAGGGAAGACAGCGAGCGGGCACUGACCACACCUCACCCGACCAUAUCCCGUCCGACUGCACUACAGCUGACCACAGCGAGAGCUGUUAA